AUGUUUGUUUAUAAGAUUAAUUCUGAAUGGUGGUUGAUAGUGGCCGAAAGACAUUAUUAUUAUAAUGUUGAAACCAAGGAAAGUCAAUGGCAAUUACCUGAACAUCUUGAUUUCAAAGAUCUCAACGUUGAUGAGAUAUCCGUUCUUAUUGCAAAAUAUAAUGGUUUAAAGAUAGAAACCGUUCAGUCACAAAAUGAGGAAGAAAAUGAGGCUGACGUAUCUCUUCCUUCAACUGAAAGUAUUGAAGAUGCAUUAGAAGGACCUAAAGAAGAUGAAGAAAUAGUUCCUGUUGAUUUAGUGCAGGAAGUAGACGAACCUGUUGAUGCGAAUGCAGGUCUUGAUCUUGGUUAUCUGUCGAGUGAAGAAAGUGAAGAGGACCAAGAAAAUGAAGCUGAAACAGAAGUCGUGUCAUCCAAUAAUAUAGACGAUUCCAUCCAAGUAGAAUCUGAAGAAGAUGUAGAUGUGGAUGAUUUGGUAAAUAAUAUCUUGAAUGAUGAAGAGUCAGACCAAGACCAAGAAGGAGAAGACACAAGUUCAUUAGAACAACAGCUUAUCGAAAUAUUUGAUGAAAACAAGGAUAAAAUAUCGAUUUAUGACCCAUAUUCAAUAACAGAAGAAGAAUUGAUCAGUACUCUUUCUCGAUCACCAGUUUUUUACGGUUUAUCAUUUUCUCAAAGAGAAACGAUAUAUAACAAAUGGUGCACUCCUGAAACCAAGGAAAAAUUUCCUACGGAAAAGCAAUUGAUGAUGAACUAUCUUUUUGAACAUAAAAAAGAUAUCAAAACCAAAUACUUUGUGGAAUUUAAAUCUCGAUUAAGUUCCUUCAAUGUUCCACAGAAGGAGAAAAUCUUCCUCAAAUAUAAGAAUGUACUCAAUAACCAAACAGACUUUGAAAGGUCAUACAAGAAGGACAAAACAGUAAAUUUGAAAAAGCUCAAACUAACAGAAUAUUUGAAACCACUCCUCAAAAAGAAAAAGGUCGAUAUUAGCGGUGAUGAUGAUUGGGAAAAAUGGGUAAGCUUGUGCAAUAACAUGAACUUACCCCGUGAAAUUGUGGAGAACGAACUAAAUUGGAUUGUCGGCCCUACCAAAAGACUAGAAUGCUAUCUCGAAUGUCUAUCAUAA